AACCAGAUGACACCGUUGCUCUCUGACUCGGACGGGGUCUGACUGCGAGAGCACAAAACGGAUGUUUGAGGACUUUUUAUGAAGUGACGGUCAUGUUUUGCAAGUAACUGGGACGAAAAAUUGUGAUGGUGACCUGUGUAUAUGAAUUAAUUUAGGAUUGGUGUGGUGGGUGGCAUUUGCAGCACGAUCGUUGGAAUUUUUUUUUUCUGUUUGGAUUAUAUAUAAGAUCUUGUUUAAGGUACCAUAACGGUCCCUUCAUGCCCCAACGACAGUAUUGGACAAAACGAAAAUAUCAAUGAUAAUCGUCAUCAUGAUCGCAAGAGUGAUUGACCCAAUUUGGGUAAUUUUAUUGCUGUCUGUAUUUAGAAAUGUACGUCAUGUGGCAACUUGAGAUCUAGAAACUUAUUUAAGCAGCGCUUUUUGUAGUGAGUAAUGCACGUGAGAACAGGGAUACGAAAAGAGUAAUAGAGUUUGAAAUGGAACUUCUGAAUGAGGAGAACGACAGGUUGUGCAACUUGGAAAGAUGAAAAUGUUAAACUCCAGCGCCUGGAUACCAGAGUGUGCACCGCAGUGACAACGCGGCUUUUCCGACAGGCAAAUUUUGACGUAUUGUUGGAGCUCAGACGAACUGAUGAUUCCAAUCAAGUGUGACUGAUCUUCAAAAAUAUGGCAGAAAGACUAGCACCCGGAGGGGGAGGAGAUGGAGGCGGAGGAGGAGGAGGAGGAGGAGGAAGAGGGAGAGCAUUCCUGAAGAGGCUGACGUCAUCAGAUAAGCUGAAAAGGUCUUCCUCCGUGGAAAUCCUGACAGGCAUCGCAGCCCCAAAGCCCCGCAUCGUGUCGACGGCAGGCAAUGCCAGCGCACAUCAGCUAAAUUCCAAAGUGAAGGACCCUACGUCCUCAGCGCCCGCGCCAGUCCAUCCUCAAAAGACGCCCGCAGCGAAAAGUGUCGACUCGAUACGCGAGGCAUUGCCGACGCCCUCGGCGGUGUCGUCUUCCGUCAGCUCUCCUUUAAUCAACAGACCGUUGUCGAUGCAUCCUUCUGCCGAGAGCCUCUCCUCUGUGACGACCAACAGCUCGGGGUAUGUCGAAUACCCAUACGUUAACGGUGCUCCUAUCGCCUUGCCCGAGUCGGACAAAAUUACCGCGGGUACGAAAACUCCUGCUCAAGAACGUCCAUACGAUGCUCCAAAAAACCCGUACCCCAAAGUUACCCCGGACGAGAGCGACUCUCCAGUACCUCUCAGAAGAAGCAGCAUCAUACCGAAACCUGUAGUAGGCGAAGGAGGACACAUAUUCAAAGUCACCACUGAGCCCCCCGACGCUCUUCGUUCACCUUCACGCGCAGUUCAGAAAAACAAAAGUGCCGAGGCAAAUCCUUUAUCCAGAAGAAGAACCAGAAAGGAACCAGCUCUUACUCCACCGCCUAAAGGUGAUAACGAGGAGCCUAUUUGGCAGAGGAGGUUAUCACUUCUCUUCGUCCCCCCGAGCGAAAACGACCUGCAGAAUGACUCGGAGGACACUCAGCCGAAAUCGCCGGAACCAGAAGAAACUUCCAAACUCCUGCCGGCGCUCUCGCCCGGACCCAAGAGGAAGGUCGCCCCCAAGGAGGACGCCAUCAGAUUGAACGAUCUGAAUAAAGGAGCGGCAGGCGAAGGACCACGAGACAGGCACAACAAGAGUAACGAUAGGAAGAGAAAGGACGAAGAAAAGGCUGGCAGAAGGGGAGGAGAAGAAGAGGAGAGAGUCGCUGAAGUUCCCAAAUCGAAUAACCGCAUCAACUUCUCCGAGGACGUCUUCAGGCCGAAGCACAAGAGGAGAGAGAGGAAGGACUCCGACGAUGAGGUGAAGCUUUCUGACAUCGAGCAGAUAGAAGAAGGCAGGGAUAGCGACGACUUAAGCGGCCGGUCGUCCUCGGACGGCGAGAGUGACCCAGACGACGAGGAGGAAGCCUUUCGGGAUGGAUACACGUCCUGGGAUGACACCAUUUGCUCCAAUCGCUCGGCCUACUUUAAGCUGUACUAUACCCAGCGUGGAGUUAUAGGAGGCAACAGAGGCGAAGACACCAGAUCCAAAGCGUCCAGAGCGUCAUCCCACAAUUCGCUAUCGUCACUUAUCAGAGAAAAAAUGGGGCGCCCACAGCUUCCGACCAACAAGAAGUCCCGGGCUGACCUGGGCCUCAUGAUCCUGGUCGCGGUUCUGUUCAUCAUCAUUGUUGUGGGGAUCUCCCUCACGUCUUACUUCUACAAUCUGCAUCUGUUAGAGAUGACAAUCUUUAGUUCUAUAAAGUUUUUCGAGAAGUCAAGAGUGCUGCAGAUUUAUAAUCCUAGCUGGGAGCCCGUCGUCACUGCUCAUUUAGGCAGCCAUUUACCCUUGGAAUCCAUUCCUGAAGACUGCACGCAUUAUCUGCAUUACCUUCAUAAGCACAACCAUUCAAUGUCUAACGAAGGACGUGAUCAUGCUGAAUACGAAGACUUCGUUUGUUUGGAGUGGACGUCCUUAGCUCGCCUACAGCUCCGUAAAAUGCACCGAGCAGGUGAUGUCCAGUGCUAUUCUGUGUGGUGGGUGGCUGCGAAAGAAGAUUUCACUCUGCGAGACUGCCUGAACGUCGAGGAUGAGCAGUAUGGUUCAUGGUGGGGCGGAGGAGAGAUGAGUAACGGUGGCUACCCUCUCACGAAUGCUAAUGUUCCUCCUUCACACAUGGUGACGGGAAAGUUAGGAUCCCAUUCAUGGGGUCAGCUUCUACGUCGAACUUGGUUGUCAGACCGAGCUUCUCUUAUGACUUUGCCGGAUACUUUUCAGGGAUACGUGUCCGUAAAUCAUGAAUCCGAUAAACAACUCUGCCUUGAAUCUCGCCCCCAUCCUCAUCUCAAAUCAGUCACACCCACUCUUGAAUAUUCAUUCUGCACCGCACCAAACAUGUCCGUUCUUUCUCAAUUCUUGUAUGAUAAAGCUGUUCAUGACAGGAGAAUUGUCAUAGAAUUCACGCAGGGUCAUGUGAACCACAGUGUCAUUGAUGAUGAACAUAAGGAGUUAAACAAGACAGCAAACAAGACGAUGACCCACAAUACCACUCAGAACUUCUCGGAAGUCUUUGGAGAAGAGACAAUAAAUCGCGUUAAAGAAAGGAUUGAUCAGCCUGUUUGGGUUCCUUGGAUGCCCCCUGAUAAGCCAACACUGACACAGGAUGCAGUUCUGAAAUAUGUAGAAAGUAUAGUCAAUCAUGACUAUGGAAACUGGGGCCAUAUUCUUCUGCCUCCUACCUGGCAGGCUCGUCCAGGUGAAUUAACGUUUGAUUCCAAAAGGUUUCCAGAUCCAGCUGCCAUGGUAAAUGCCCUAGAGAAGAAAGGCUUCCGUCUAGCGUUAACAAUUCAUCCAUUCGUCAGUGUUCACGCCACAGCUUUCUCUAACGGAACUCAAACAGGGCUUUGGGUUCGUCAAAGCAAGUCCCAGCUUCCAGCGCUAGCAAAGUAUGAUGAAGUACAUCCCACAGUUGUCACAGAUUUUAGCAACCCCAAGGCAAAGAACUGGUUUUCAUCUCGCUUGAAAAUCUUGCAGGACACUUAUAAAAUUGACCGCUUCCACCUGCAACCAGCUGAUGCUCAUGCACUUCCAGCUUACCAUGAGUAUCACCUCCCACUUCCAGGACCUGACUCAGUGCUCGUUCACUUCAUGGCUUCAGUUACUUCAAUAUCGGCCCCAAUGAGCUCAGAAGCAGCAGUCACUCCACCCUUGCCACCGACAUUUUUAACACUUGGACAUGCUGAUGGAUCAUGGAGAGGACUGGAGACUCUCAUCCCUCGCAUUCUAACUCUGACCACCCUUGGCUAUCCGUUGAUUGACAUUGGAGUGAUUGGAGGGCUGGCUGAAGCAGGCCAUGUUCCCGAAAGAGAACUCUAUAUCCGCUGGAUUGAAGUGGCAACUUUCUUACCAGCAUUACAAGUGAACGUCUUGCCCCGGAUGUACGGCGAAGAAAUGAAAGCUCUCACUGUGGAGUAUAACAAACUCCGGAAAGAAGUGGUGCUUCCUCGCCUUCACGAAAAGAUUCCAGGUGCCGUCCGGAACGGCACUCCGCUUAUCACGCCCUUGGCGCUAUUUGCCCCGAGGGAUCCCGAGGCAGCCAAGGUAGACAACGAGUGGAUUCUCGGGAGGGAUCUCCUCGUGGCGCCCGUCACGUACAGAGGAGAGAGGACCAGGGACAUCUACCUACCCGAGGGGAUCUGGGAAGACGGUAUCGAUAAGCACCUGAGGCGUGGCGGCCGUUGGAUCAAUAACUAUAAAGUUCCUCUGACGAAAAUUCCCUUUUUUAUCAUGAAGUCCAUGGUAGAAGGGAACUAGAUGCUUUCGAAAUUCGAGAACGCUGUGCGAAAACUCGCUAAAUGACAGUGCUUUAUCCUUCUCGCUCUUGCCAGUCCGAGGCGGAACACGCUACCUACAAGUGAAUUUAAGGACAAAAAUUAUCGUUUGAAUAGACUUUAUUUAUACCACUUUGUUCUUACAAAUGUAAAUGAUAGUGUACAUAGUCGAAAUAUAGUUAUUGUUUAUAAUCUUAACAUCUUGUAAGUAUUGUAUGAUAUAUAAAGAAUGUAUUGUCUUAAAGUUCCGUCGUCUGUACCGAAGUCUCAGAGGUUAUAAAGAAAAGAAAAUAGGAUUUUCCGUGUAGAAAGUGCUAAGGAAACACUCGUGACGAAUUUUUGUAUCAUAUACUUAACGAUUAAGAAAAGUUGACAAAGUUCAUAUGUCAGGACAAGUACCACUUGGCUUCUGGAACUAAAAAGUCCUGUCUGGGAGCUGUUCUUUCUCCAUAUGAGGACUGCUGAUCAUUUCGGUACUUAGUGAGAAUUUAUUGCCACAUUUACCGCAUUAAUUUGGAUUGGCGAAUUGAAGCACCCGGACAUAUCUCAGGCAUGGUCGACAUUGUCCCCUCUACUAAUUAAAUGUUUCAUUUCAUAUUUUGGUUCUAUUUUUAGGUGAUGAAUAUUAGAAGAUGGCUUCAUGAACCGCGAGACACUGACAUAUGGAAGUUCAACUGACAAACCUGAAAGCACUGAGUGAAUUGCUGUUUAUCCUUGAAAAUGAUCGUAGCUGCAUUGCAGAGUUUUGAAGGUGUGGCAGUGCUUUGUCAUGAAGAUAUAAUUAGGUAUUGUUCGCAGCUUUGAACAAACUGAACGUGUAUGAUAACUGGCAAUUUUGAAAUUAUGAACUCAAAUUUGUUCGUGGUGUUCAGAAGUAACGAUUUAGAAUUUCAUUACAUACACUGGAAUUUUAUGAAAAAAUUAUUUGAAGAAUAUGAUUUGUGUGACCAGCUGCCUGUUGUUAAUCCAGAAUAUCAAAAAUCUUAAUGUAUGAAAAGAACUUGGUUUAUGUUAUCUGGUAUUUUUGUAGGAAUUCCUUUACUCCACUUGGCAGUUGAGAUUUGUAAAAAGAUGUUGACUUCCGUGAAUCUUGUAGCUGUAUACGGCAUUAGAACGAGGGCUUUUCUACAGAAUAAGGCUCAUUAGUCAUUUACAAUGGUGCAUUUUAUGGUAGACAUGGAAAUAGAGGAAUUUACAGUAUUUUACGGAAAACUGAUGAUGUCUUCGCGGUAGUUAGUCAAUUCUGUGCAAUACCUAAUCAGACCUAAGCAGUAGGUGUGGUAGGUAGUCGCUACAUUGCAGGAAUACUUCAAGACACUGAAGGGACUGUUGCGAUUUUAUCACUAGCCAGGUGUCUUUUUUUAUUAUUUUUUUUUAAUCACAGUGACUUAUGACAUGAGACUUCAAAUUCAGCAGAGACCGCUCAGAUUUGAAUGCCAGUGAAGCGUAGGGCGAAGUUGAACUAGUAUACGCCAGAUGAUGCUCCUAAGAUUUUUCUUGUGCUUCUUUGAUGCAACUGCUAGUGAGGUUCAAGUCUCAGGUUUUUUUUAUUUACGUAACUGUUCCUCAAGACCUAGAGUGAAUAUCCAAUAGCAAAGGAAUUAAUUAAUUAACUCUUGCAUUUGUUUAUAUUAUAUUAAAAAUAUAACCGUAAAUGUAAACAUGCUAAUUUGCUUGUUUUUUAUGUCAUAUAAAUAACGUUGUGCUAAUGUUAAAUAAUUUUAUGAGUUUGUGAGAAAACAUGAAGCGCAUUUUGUAUUUAUGUGGUUCUGAUAUAACGUAUGUAUACUGUAGUGAUCCUUAUGGAUCCAAAAAAACUACGGAUCGAUUUCAGUGCUCGGUGGGAGCUCUUGCUGAAUCGUCUUGUCUCUCGGGCAAGACAGAAUCUGAGCAAGUGGUGGGCAUAAAGAAGGCGUGAAAUAUGAAUUAUUUGUCUGUCUGAUUCUUUCUCAUCCUCUUGCCAUCAUCCUCCCAACCCAUGUAAACAUCCUGCUCAGUGGUUUACAAAGCAUAUCUUCUCCACGAUGUUUUGUAUCAUCAUCCCUCUCACUUAAGGAUUGUAUAUCUGUAAUCACAUAAUGUUGCUGAUAUCAUCUGUAAUCACAUAAUGUUACUAAUAUCUUAUGUAAUCACAUAAUGAUCCUGAUAUCUUCGCAGUAGUGAAUAUGCCUUGAUUGCUUUCAUAGAAAGCUACUGCAGAAUGUUAGUUAAAAUUACCCGAGUACCUCCAUAUCCAUACUAAUCAUCUAAUCAGUUAAUCAAGUAUCAAGUGACUGUACCGUCAGUGAAAUGCUUGCUAGAUUGACACAUUGACCACAGCGGAUACGUCGAAGCAGCGUGGCUGAUGACCGCCUUUGUCGGGACAAGGAUGACAACCGAAUCGUUCUUCUUUCUGUUUUCCUUGGAGGCGUGGCUGCUCGCUUGGUGUGAGCUCGAAUCUUUUGCUAAAAGAAUUACUAGUUUCGCUUGUGUUCUGUAAUGGCUAAUUGGAGCUAUACUCUGUUCCUUUUUUUUUUUCUUUUUGCAUAAUGCGUUUCGAUGAUGCAUAAAGUAGUUUUAUACUGUAUAUCAUUUUUUGACUAGUGAGCAAAAGUCUGAUAAGUGAAUGCUUUGCUAAAGAGCAGCAUCUUUAGUACAUAUCGCAGUUACUCGGGAAAUGUGAUCAGUUUGAAUCUACGCAAGUUUUACGGCGAUUUAGCUCAUCAUCAGCUACUGGGACACUCUCCCAAGAGUACAGAAAACUUGAUUCAACAUGAGUGAAACCUUCAUCUAGUGUCCAGCGGUACUGGGAUAUCAUUACUUAUGAUGGCAGUCUUUGUUCCAGAGAAAAAUCAGUCAUAACCGAUCAUGGAAAAACACUCCCUUUUGAUUUUGCUUAGAUCCUCGAGUGGCGAGGAACAUUCCAGUGCUAAAAGGGUAAUUUUUAAGAUGUGAAGUUAUUUGUUAUAUUGAGACUACUUUUGUUCGUUGUGUGUAUACUUUCAAAUACUUUUUAAGCACUGUCAUGUUGAAAGGGUUCUGUAGUGUACAACUGCUUUGUUUUGCCGUCAUUGUACUUGUUUCGUGGAAAGAUACUGUGCAUAUGUUGAUGAGUGUGCCUUGUGUCAAUUUAGCGAGUGUUGACUUUCCAAGGUAUAAAGCUAUAUAAGGAACUCCAGAAUAACCCCAGUGAUACUGUUGGUUGUGAAUUAUUGUUAAAACUGUUUAACCCUAUGUGGCUGUUGUAUCAGUAACUUGUAAUCAAGACAUUCGAUUCCAGUGAGCUUUGGGUUCUCGUAAGCGAAUGAAGUGCCUUUGGAUUUCUUCAGCGGUUUCACUUUUGAGUUUGUUAGUUUCUGUUUUCUCGCCUCGAAUGACUGAGAUGCAGAUGCAGAGCGCCUCUUCACACAAUUAUACUCUGAAAGAAAAAGAAUACCUUUCAAUAAUCA